AUGUUGGGAACAGUGAAUUCAGGUGCUUCCAGCCCGCUUGACCUCUACGAAUCCCUUGAGGUUAUCGGGCAUGGAUCAUUUGGCAUCGUUCGUAAAGUUCGACGUAAGUCGGAUGGAGAGGUCCUUGCGAGGAAGGAACUCGGCUUUGCGAAAUUGUCCGAAAGUGAUAGGAAAAAGAUCAUGGUAGAAGCGAACGUUCUAAAAGAUUUGCGGCACGAGAAUAUUGUUAGAUAUAUUGACCAGUUUGUGGACAACGAUACUGGAAUCUUGUACAUCCUGAUGGAAUACUGUGAAGGGGGUGACCUCUCUUCAAUAAUCAACCAGCGUGAACAAGAUCGGUUUGAAGAAUCUCUAUCUGAGGACAUCAUUUGGUCAUAUCUCCUUCAACUUCUUCUUGCUCUGGACCACUGUCAUAACCCGGGUUCCAGGAUCUUGGGGGACGGUAGCAUUGACGGAAAUCUGCAGCAGAUAUUACAUAGGGAUUUGAAGCCGGGAAAUGUUUUUAUUGGCAAAGGUGGUAUACUCAAGCUCGGUGAUUUUGGUUUAUCGAAAGCUCUCGACCAGACAUCUUUCACGGACACCUUUGUCGGAACUCCGUUCUACAUGUCACCAGAACUAUUUCAGAAGGUAUCGUACGAUACAAAGGCCGACAUCUGGUCUCUCGGCUGUUUGAUGUACGAGCUAUGUGCUCUCAAGCCUUUAUUUCACUCAGCUCGGACGUAUGACGAUCUGAAGACGCUGAUUCACACUGGCAGCAUACCGCCUUUGCCAGAGUGCUAUUCGCAAGCAUUGGAUAAUGUCAUAAAAUCCAUGCUCAACGUAAAUCCUAAAAUGAGGCCAUCUACGCAACAGCUCCUUCAACACGAGCGAGUUCAUCUUACUCGCAAACUGGCUGAUCAAGAAAAGAUGUGA